AUGCCCGGAGCCACGACCACCGCCGCUGCCACCACAGACGUGGUGUCGCAGACACAUGCCCAGGGGGCGGCAGCCAACGGCUCACUGGACUCAAAGGUCAGCAAACUUCAGCAGCCACUCGAUGUCGUCAACUCCGUCAUCCGCUUCCACAACCGCGACCACCAGUUCUGGUGGGACAAGUCUGGGCCUCACCUCGCCGAGCUCCUCGCCCAGGCUCGCUAUCCCAAGGCCGACCAGUACAGCGAGCUGCUCUUCUACGCGCUGCACGUCGUCCCCGAGCUAGGCCCUUCGCCCGACCCGGAGACGGGCCACAUGCGCUGGCGCAGCCCCCAGACCCCCGACGGCACCCCUAUUGACUUCAGCUGGGAAUGGGGGCCCGGCGGCCGCGGCGUCGUCCGUACCUCCUUCGAGCCCAUCGGGCCCCUCGCUGGCACGCCCGCCGACCCGGCCAACGCCCGCGAGACGGACGCCUGGAUCCGUCACCUCGACGCCCAGGGCCUCGUCUCGGGGCUCGACCUCCAGUGGUACCGCCACUUCUCCGCCUCCGUCCUGCCCUCGGACGUGGGCCGCGUGCGCCUUGACGACAAGCUCAACUUUGAGCUCGCGCCCCAGGCCGGCACGUUUGUGACGCGCGACAUCAGCCGCCGCGGCGACCCCAUGGUCAAGCUGUACAUGUUCCCGGGCCUACGCGCGCAGGCGCUCGGCGCCGGCGUCUCCAAUCUCGACGUCGUGACGCGCGCCGUACAGACCCUGCCCCCUGACCAGCUCGAGCACCUGAACGCCGGCCCGCUGCUCGACUACCUCCACGAGGCGGCCGCGCGCUGGGGCAUGGAGACGGGCAUCUUUUCCUUCGACCUCGUCGACCCGCGCGCCUCGCGCAUCAAGAUCUACACGCGCGCCCCCGCCACCACCGUCGAGUACCUUCUCGACGCGCUGUCGCUCGGCGGGCGCUACGACCUCGCCACCGCGUACUCACCCGAGGCGCUCGCCGACGUAAAGGACUUUUGGCGCAUCUUUAUCGGCGAGGACGCCCCCGACGUGAUGCCCUCGGGCGGCAAAGAGCGCGAUGGGCCGGGCUUUUACUUUACCGUCGGUGGGGGCAAGCCUGCGUCCGCAAAGGUGUACAUUUCGCCCAUGUCGUUUUGUAAGAGUGACGCCGAGGUCCUGCAGCGGCUGAGGCAGUACUUUUCCACGAGGAGGGACGCGGAGGAUAUGCUUCCACAGAUGGACAAUUACGAGCGGGCGCUCCAGAACAUCUAUGGUACCGAACUCCUCGAGUCCCACGUCGGAAGCCACUUUUACGUGAGCUGCGCGCUGCAAAAGGACCAGCUCCGCAUCGUCACAUACCUGUGCCCCCAGAUCCUGGCUCAGGAGACGGCCGCCCGCGAGGCCAGAAAGGGCCAGCAGCAGCAGCAGCUACCGCAAGAAUGA